UCAUUGGGAUGUGUUAGAGAUCCUUUCAUACGACUAUACUCUUAUCAAAGGUAGCUUAGAAAUGAAGAAACACUAAUUUUAAAUUAAUCGAGCAGCAGCAAUCGGAAAAUAUUCAGCAGUGACAUAAAACCUUAUAGUGGCACGUAGAAACCGAUCCAUUUCCGUAUAGAAUAACACCAAAUUGUCUCACGUGGCUGGCUGGCCUUAGCUAGCACCACCGACCAACCUCGUCCUCACCACCACCACCAUGUACUACCCCAACCACGCCAUUUUCAUCUUUCUUCUACACAAUCUAACUUCCCCCAACCCCAAGAAAGAUUCUUGAUUUUUCCGCCAUGGAAACCAGUGAAGAUCCAAACAAGCUUUCUUCUACACUUUCUGACCCAACCACACAACCCCUUCUCUCCAAACCCUACCCUGUUGAUGAUUCCAUAACACCUCAUCACUACCCUGGACAAUCUUCGUUAGACCCGGAAGACCAAACUCAGUUCCUUCAGAUCUCUUACAAUUUUGGACCUCGACCCUUUAAGGACCUUCCUUUCCUUAUCCUUUUUGUUCUUCUUGUUCUUUGCACCUUUGGUUUUGGUAUCUUUGCUUCUGUUCAUAGAAAUCCUCAUCACUCCCAAAUUUCCUCUUUUACCUACAAUUUCACCUCAUCUUCUUGUAGUCUUGGGAGUUCUACCCUUGAGAGUUCUAGUGACUUUUUUUCACUUUACUACUCUGAUUCUAGUUUAUUGAAGAGUUUGAUAUGGACCCUUGUAGUUACUUUAAUUCUCAGCAUACCCUUUGUGCUUCUUGUGCUUUUCUUGCUCAAGCGCUACACAAAGCAGAUAGUUUAUGCUUCACUUCCUUUCUUUGUAAUUGUCCCUGUUUUCCUAGACAUCUACUGGUUUGUUGCUUGUACUGUGAGCUCCAAAUGUAGUGAGGAUUUCCCUUUGGCCUAUAGGAUUCUGGUGCUUGUUUUCGUGCUGUUGUUAAUUGGGCUUCUUGUAUGGAUUUUCGUAGCGAAUUGGCAUAGGAUUGAGUUGACUGUUAAGAUUAUUGGGGUUGCUUCUACUGCUCUUUCAAGGAAUUUGGGGUUGUUUGGAGUGCUUCCAGCAUUGACUUUGGGGCUGUUAGCUUAUUAUGCUCCCAUUGUUGUUUUCUUGGUGUUUGCUAGGCUUAAUGGAGUGGUGGUACCCAAGGAAAAACAUGGGGAGUAUUAUUGUGUAUGGAAGCAGGAUAGCUGGGUUCCUGCUUAUUAUGCAUUUGCAAUUCUAACAAUGCUUUGGUCUGCCACAUCAAUGAUUGAGGCACAUGUUUAUGUCAUAAGUGGAACAAUCGCACAGUGGUACUUCUCCAAGGAUGAAUCAGGUCCCAAAAAAUCUAUGAGAAGUGCUUUGAGAAAUGCAUUUGGUCCUUCCUCAGGCACAGUAUGUUUCUCGGGGUUACUGAUCGCUGUGGUUCGUAUUGUUCGCUCCAUGGUUGAUAAUGCAAAACAAGAAGAUUCUGGAAUUGUGAACCUUAUUCUGCGAUUUUGUGCCAAUACCUUGCUGUCAGCUGUUGAGUUUGUGAAUAAAUUCACCAUAAACUUUGCUGCUAUUACUGGUGAAGCAUACUGCACUUCUGCUAAGAUGACAUAUGAACUUCUAAAGCGCAAUCUUCUCUCUCCAGUGUUUGUGGAGACUGUCUCCACUCGCUUACUGGCUGGAAUAAUCUUUGUUCUCUCAACAAUAUAUGCAAUAUUGGUUUUUGUUGUGGUAAGAGCUGCUAGUCAUCUUGGUGCCGAAACAUACCUUAUUGCUGCUCUGGCAUGGCUGCUGCUGAUGGUGGUUCUUGGUUUCUUCGUCUUUGUUUUGGAUAACGUUAUAGACACAGUAUAUGUUUGUUAUGCGAUUGAUAGAGACAGAGGAGAGGUAUGUAAACAGGAGGUUCAUGAUGUUUAUGUGCACCUUCCUAUCAGUAGGAGUCAUAGUUCCGCCGCUUACGGUGCCAGAAGUCCCCUUCUUGUAUAACCAAAUCCCUUGGUUGACUUCAAUGUGUUGUAUUCUGUCUGUAAUUCUUUUUCUCCUUUUCGGUUUCCCUUUGUAAUUGCCGGAUUUGCCUGUUAGGCAAGUUGUGCAUUGAGGUAAAUUUAUUCUGUAUAACAGUGUUUGUUCCAAUAAAAAUGAAAAUAUCUGCUAA